AUGUCUAUAACAGUAGGUACAUUAUUCUUUUGUAUUUCAGAGUUACUCAUAAUAUGAAUUCAGUAACCUCUAAAAGAAGUUGGGCGGCGGAAUUGGAAAUGGAGAAUUCGAAAUCCACUAGAGAUAAAUCAAGUGGAAGUAGAGAAAAUUCAAAUAGCAGAAAAAAGGCAAGACCAAAUAGUAAGAGUGAAAGUGAAAAAAAAGAAAGUACACCAAGAAAACCAUUGGAAUUGGAAACGGACCCCCUUGUUUUACGAAGACGACAAAAACAAAUAGAUUAUGGGAAAAAUACAGUUGGCUAUUACAACUAUACUAACCACGUCAGAUAUGAAGAAAGAACAAAAGACCACCCGAAGACACCUGACAAAUUUGCCAAAUACAGCAGAAGAUCUUGGGAUACUCUCAUCAAAUUAUGGAGGAAAAAAUUACAUGAAUAUGAUGUUGAUGGACAAGACGAUUGUUUGGACAAUGAAGAGGAUAGUGACAAUCAAGAUUGA